UAGGACUGGAGCAAGAGAAGCUUGCGAAAGUGCUAGCGGUCAGCUGAGCAAUGCGAAUUUACCGCUAGACCGGGUGUCAACAGCACGAUAAGGUACAUUUGAAUGCAGACGGGGAAGAUAAAUUGUUAUAUUAAACUGCUUGGCUAUGUGCUAUCAUCCUCACGAUUUGUUAUUUAUCUGGCGUGACUGGGCAGACUUCAGAGCCCUCGUAUAUUGAAUGUGAUACAAGCCGUUAGCCACCUCUCCAUUCCUGCCCGUGUGUCAGUCCCCUAAACCCGUCACCUGUUCCUGUCCGUCCCUUAACCGUAUCCCCCAGUACACCCCCUGACCUGGUCCCCAGUAUGAGUUCUUCUCCGCUGGGUUCCCGUGGCAACAUGGACAUUCUGGAGGAACUGCAGCUGAUUGCAGCCCAGAACCUGGAGAUGCUAGAGAUCAACAAGUACUAUGAUGUCAUCAGGGAGCUAGGCAAGGGCACCUACGGCAAGGUAGACCUGGUCAUACACAAGAUCAGAGGCACCAAGAUGGCCCUGAAGUUCCUGAGGAAGAAGACGACCAAGCUGAAGUCGUUCCUGAGGGAGUACAGCAUCUCUCUCUACCUCUCCCCCUGUCCCUUCAUCAUUAACAUGUUUGGGAUCGCCUUCGAGACUGACGACUACUACGUGUUUGCCCAGGAGUAUGCCCUGUCCGGGGAUCUCUUCGACAUCAUCCCUCCACAGGUUGGUCUCCCGGAGACCGUCGCUAAGCGCUGUGUGCACCAGGUUGCCAUCGCCCUGGACUACCUUCACUGUAAGAAGUUGGUGCACCGAGACAUCAAGCCUGAGAACAUCCUCAUCUUCGACCGCGAGUGCCGCAAGGUCAAAUUGUCAGACUUUGGCAUGACACGCCGCGCUGGCUCGCCGGUCAAACGUGUGAGCGGUACCAUCCCGUACACGGCUCCGGAGCUGUGCGACACGUCACGCCACGAGGGCUUCUGCGUGGACUACAGCACGGAUGUGUGGGCCUUUGGCGUCCUCCUCUUCUGCAUGCUGACCGGUAACUUCCCCUGGGAGAAGGCCCUGCCCUCUGACUCCUUCUACCAGGAGUUCACACGCUGGCAGAGGCGCCGCACGGGCACCGUACCCUCGCAGUGGCGCCGCUUCACAGAGCAGGCCCUCCGCAUGUUCCGCAGGCUCCUCUCUGUGGAGCAGGACCGACGCUGCUCUGUCAAAGAGGUGUUUGGCUACUUCAGCCACAGCUGGAUGCUGGAUGGAGACAGCAACGGGAACGGAGGAGGGGGUGGAGAGAGAGAGAGGGAGAGAGGAGGAGUGAGGGUGGAGGGAGACAGCAACGGGAACGGAGGAGGGGGUGGAGAGAGAGAGAGGGAGAGAGGAGGAGGAGGGGUGAGGGUGGAGGGCGAAGGGAGGAGUACGUCGUCCUCGUCUGGGGAGGACGAUGAAGACAUGCUGGUGGAGAGGAUGAAACAGCAGACUCUGUCUCCUCUGUCUCCUGUGUCUGUGGGGACAAAGGCAGGGAUGAUGGAAUCAGGUGGAGGACACCAUUUUGUGUCUGUUUCCACCACCAGCUCCGUAUCCUCUACUAACAGCUAUGAACGCAUGCCCAGAGACAGCAUCAGCAACAACAACCAGCCCUCAGGGCGCAUGCUGGUGGCUACACCUAUAGAGAUCUGUGUCUGAGAGAUGUAUGUGCGAGACGGGCCUGAGAAGGACUGAAACACUGCGUACAGUACACACACACGUACAGACACCUACACUCAUAUACACACACAUACCAUACAUACAUACAUACGGAAAGUAUUCAGACCCCUUUACUUUUUCCACAUUUUGUUACAUUACAGCCUUAUUCUAAAAUUGAUUCAAUAGUUUUUUUCCCUCAUCAAUCUACGCACAAUACUCCAUAAUGACAAAGCAAUAAAAAGGUUUUGGAAAUUUUGGGGAAAUGUAUUAAAAAUGAAAAAAUGAAAUAUCACAUUUACAUAAUUAGUUAUACCCUUUACUCAGUACUUUGUUACAGCCUCGAGUCUUCUUGGGUAUGAUGCUACAAGCUUGGCACACCUGUAUUUGGAGAGUUUCUCCCAUUCUUCUCUGCAGAUCCUCUCAAGCGCUGUCAGGUUGGAUGGGGAGCAUCGCUGCACAGCUAUUUUCAGGUCUCCAGAGAUGUUCGAUCGGGUUCAAGUCCUGCGUUGUCUAAGCUGUGUGCUUAGGGUCGUUGUCUUUUUGGAAGGUGAACCGUCACCCCAGUCCGAGGUUCUAAGGGCACUGGAGCAGGUUUUCAUCAAGGAUCUUCUUCAUUUUUCAUUUGGGCACCACAAAUGAGUUUGUAAACGGUGUGUGGUUGAACUGAAAACUGGAUUAAGCUGUUCAGAAAAUACCUCAAAAGACGUCCGCAAAAGUGCUAAUUUGAGACGUUUUAUUUAUCUUAGUAACUUGAAUCAAGAACUUUAGCUAAUUUGGCCAGCAGCCAGUAGGGCAGGUAGACUAACUACCUUGUGUAUGGUUAACUAAAGGACAUUCAGAGACCUGUCCCGAAGCCACUCCUACGUUGUCUUGGCUGUGUGCUUAGGGUCGUUGUCCUUUUGGAAGGUGAACCGUCACCCCAGUCUGAGGUUCUAAGGGCUCUGGAGCAGGUUUUCAUCAAGGAUCUUUGUACUUUGCUCCGUUCAUCUUUCCCUUGUUCCUGACUAGUCUCCCAGUUUCUGCCGCGUAAAAACAUUCCCACAGUAUGAUGCUGCCACCAUGAUGCGUCACAGUAGGGAUGGUGUCAGGUUUCCUCCAGAUGUGACGCUUGGCAUUCAGGCCAAAGAGUUCAAUCUUGCUUUCGUCAGAUCAGAUAAUCUUGUUUUUCAUGGUCAGAGUCCUUUAGGUGCCUCUUGGCAAACUGGCUGUCAUGUGCCUUUUACUGAGGAGUGGCUUCUGUCUGGCCACUCUACCAUAAAGUCCUGACUGUGCUGCAGAGUGCUGCAGAGAUAGUUGUUCUUCUGGAAGAUUCUCCCAUCUCCACAGAGGAACUCUGGAGCUCUGUCAGAGUGACCAUCGGGUUUUUGGUCACCUCCCUGACCAAGGCCCUUCUCCCCCGAUUGCUCAUUUUGGCCAGGGGCCAGCUCUAGGAAGAGUCUUGGUGAUUCCAAACUUCUACCAUUUAAGAAUGAUGGAGGCCACUGUGUUCUUGGGAAACUUUCCCAGACCUGUGCCUCGACACAAUCCUGUCGCGGCGCUCUACGGACAAUGCCUUCGACCUCAUGGCUUUCUUUUUGCUCUGACAUGCACUGUCAUCUGUGGGACCUUAUAUAGACAGGUGUGUGUCAUUCCAAAUCAUGUCCAAUCAAUUGAAUUUACCCCAGGUGGACUCCAAUCAGGUUGUAGAAACAUCAAGGAUGAUCAAUGGAAACAGGAUGCAUCUGAGCUCAAUUUCGAGUCUCAUGAAUACUUAUGUAAACAGGUAAAAACCUGUUUUCGCUUCGUCGUUAACGGGUACCGUGUGUAGAUUGGUGAGGGGAAAAAAAUAUUUAAUCCAUUUUAGAAUAAGGCUGUAACAAAAAGUAAAGAGGUCUGAAUACUUUCUGAAUGCACUGUAUACAAAUAUUCACACACUUUCAUACAUACUAUGUAUACUCAGACACAUACUAUACUAUAACUAUACAUUAUUAUCAUCACACACCAAAAAAUUGAGAACAGGGUCAAAUGCAAGGACAUUUAAUGAAUGAAUGAAUGAACAUUCUGCCAAAUGAAAAGGGAUCAACUCAAGACAUUCCUGAUGAUUCCGGUUGGGGUCUUAGUGUAAAAUGAUUCAGUCAGAGAUCCAGUGAUAAGUCAUUCUACAGAAAUGGCAAAUCUUUAUAGAGACUGCAAAGACUCAAUGAACAACAUACUGAACGAUCAACCAGCCAACCAACAAACCAAGACUGACAGACAAGACACGGAAAGAGAGGUUGAAAAACACAUUGUGAUCUGAAAUGCUGGUAUUCAGACAGUUUCAGAAAAGAAAACCAAAAUGUAUUUCUUAAAGCAAUAUAUUUCCCCCAAAAAGACUGAAGUCGAAGGUGAAUUGAGAAAAAAGAGCUUCAGAACUGGCAUGGUGGAACCAUUUAUGAAAAAGCCAAAAGAUGAAGAGAUGUUCUUUUGAUUAGGGUUUUUAGCUGAUAGAAAUUCUUUGUAAAAUGUUCCUCAAUGAAAGAAUAUCAUCAAAAUGAACAGCAGUUUGGAUGCUUACUGUAAUGCAAUGUGAACUCUGGUACUAAGUAUGUAUGUGUGUGUGUACAGUAUGUAUGUAUGUAUCACGGUAUGUUCCAUGUGUAUGGAUUGGAAAUAUGAUUAGGCAGAUUUUUAUUUUGCCUUAAGAUUUACUUUAUUUAUUUAAAUCCUAAAUAACCAGAUUAGCUUGAGGUGUUUUGUGUUAGACUCAUUUUGGUAAAGGUUUUUGGACACUCUAGUGCCAAAUCUCUACAUGGUUUUCUGCAACACAUUUUGAACAGCUGGAUCUUGAAAAUGACUGUGUUUAAUAGUAUUUUUUUGCAUGGCGUACUCUCUCUCCAGUUUAUGAUUUAGAUUUAGUCCGAUGAUGUGCUACACAUUAAUAUUGGAUCAUUCAAAGCCACCAGAUGGAGAAGUGAAAGGCAUUAAGUUGGUAACACUUUAUAUGGAUAGUCCCAAGUAGGUGGUUUGUCGAUGUAGACAUUUCAACUAACUGUCCAUCAGGGUCGGGGUCAAUUCCAUUUCAAUUCCAGUCAAUUCAGGAAGUACACUGAAAUUCCAAUUCUCUUCAAUGCUUUUCAUUUGGAAUUGGAAUUUGGUUUACUUUCUGAAUUGCCUGGAAGUCAAAUAGAUAGACCCCAACCUUGCUAUCUACUAAGCCUAGCCUUAACCUUAACCCUUAUCCUAACCCUUAUUCUAAACAUAACCCUAAGCGCAAACUUAGCAAGCAGUUGCUUAUCAACAUAGAGUUUGUUGAUAGUAUGACCAUCUGUAGAUCAUCUAUAUGGGACUAUCCAAAUAAAGUGGGACCAUUUAGAUUCAUGUAUUUCACUUUAUUCUGCCACAGCAAGUCAAGAUGACAGAUAGCUCUAAAUGAUUUCCAACACUUUAUCCCUGCACCUUAACACACACAUAUCUACUUCAUUUUUACACAUUUUAAUCAAUUUGAUUAUUUUUUUUAAUGUAUUAAUGCUGAUGAAUAGAGUAUUGUUUGGAUUUUUAUAAUUAUUUAGCAUUUUAAAUUGAAGCUGAAAAAUACAGUGGAGUACACAGUCACAUCUUAAAACAAUUGCAUGUUGAGUAACUAAAACAUAUCUUUAUGAAUCAUUUUAACUGGCUUUACAAAAAGUUAGGUCAAGAUUGUUGUAAUGUGGAAUUUAGCUGUAGCACAAUUUCUUGCAUUAUGUCCUGAAGCAAAUAUUGGUCUUAUUACCUUGAGACAUCUUAGGGCUCAAUACCAGACAAAACAAUAAUAGUUCAUUUUUAUUCAAUGUUGUGUUUGUAUGCUGUUGAUGUUGUGUUUCCAUCUCACCAGUAAGAACUAGGAUCUAGAGCUAAGUUACUGAGCCUGGGAAUCCUAGAUUUUCUAGAAUAGUUUAGAUACUGUAGUUCUCAAAAUAAUGCAUUUUUGAUGAAGUGUGUAGCUUCUAAAUUGCCAAGUGUUGAGAAGUUGCAAGGGACAUCUGGAGAGGAUUUCUCAAUUUCUUGCCAAGCAAAACAUCACAAGAGUAAUGAAUUAGUCAUUUUAAAGUCAGAAAUAAGAUUUAAAAAAUAAAAUGUGUGUUGUGAUUUCCAGACAUAUUUGCAUAAAUCUUUAUGUGCUGGAAAACAAUUGUAAAAAAAAAAAAAUGUUUGCUGUCACAAGCUGUAGUAUUCUGUUCUUCAUAAUUGAGUGUAUGAAUGUCGUGUAACAGUCAGUAAAGUUAUUUUCCCUCUGUGGUUUGACAUCUUCCAACAAUGAACUGUUCAAUAAGGUUUGUAGCUAGUUGAAGUAUUGUUCAAUCAUGCUCCGGGUAGAAGUGGGCUUCAGGCAGAGAUUUAGGAUCAGCUUACCCUCCCCAAAUCCUCACCUUAUCCAUAAGGGUGAAAAACUCCACUGAUCUUUCAUCAGUGUCUUGGGUAGUGAGAUUACUACACCUUGUGACAACCUAUGACCUUACUUCCAGUCCCGAUGCACAGGGCUGGAGUUGUUUCUCUAGAGGCUAGCGGUCACCAAGCCGAGUCCUGGGGACUCGCUAGGUGUGCAGGCUUUUAUUCUAGCCCAACACUAACACACCUGAUUCAACUAAUCAUUCAAAUCGAAGGCUAAAACCUGGGUUGCAGACCAUAGCUGUAGCCAAUAGAUGAGUUAGACAGAGGUUUCUGCAAAGCUAUCAUGAUGUAAUGUGUUGCAACUUGUGUAUUGGAGUUCCUGUCUGUCUGUAGUGACAUAUUGAUGCGGCAUCAUGAUUUGUGGUGCUUUAGUGAGUGGGGCAACACAGCGCGAGAACUCGUGUCUGAGUAUGUCUUUGCAAUACAACUGUCUUCCCUGUAAGCUCUGAUUUAGUCGACAAAAAAAUUAAAACUGUGGUUGAAAUGAA